CAGUUAUGCACGAUGCGAAUGGACAUUUGAUGCCAGAAUAUUGCUAUCGUCCAUCGUAUGAACCAAAAGAGAGCAGCGCCUCAGUGCCUGAUCAUGGCCAGAGCCCCGCAUAUCGCAGAAUAAGCGCCCAGUUAGUGAAGAUGGCGAAAUUCUACCCAUUUGAUCCUGGAAUCGAGCUCAAUGCGACCAGAGCCAUUCCAGAAGUGCAGGGAGAUUCCCAGCGCUUCAUUCCAUGCGACAUACCAGACCAGUUUAUUGCCAGCCAGAGUUCUGCGCAACUUCGAGUUCAGAGGGGACUUUGAGAUUGAGCCCCAGGAUUGCACCACAGGGAGAAAACGCGAUGACACGCAUCCCAGUCCAGUCCAGAAAAGUGAAGCGGUAGUCCAAAUAAUCGACCCAGCUGCUGCAGCCGUCGAUUUUGAGCACCCAAGAAAUCCAGCUAGCGCAACGCUCGGAUUGAGUCCAUGUUGUGUAGCACAGAUGUGCCAUGAGUGUAGAGUCAAGUCAGACGAGAGCCUUAGAGCCCCAGACUCUUCUAGUUCACGCAUAAAUGCCAGACUAGUUAAGAACGAAAUGAUAGUUUCAAGCGCAGAGACCGAGCGCGAAGAGAAUGAUGGUGUUGAGCACACCACAGCCAUACUGCAAGUUGCACACGAGAAUGCGACUAAAGACGAUACUGUGCAUCUUAGUGAAGUCUCACGAAUCGCUGAGCCAGUGGAAGAUUUCACUUGGGAUUCCGGAUAUGAAUCCGACGACACUGCAGUUGACAGUGAAGCACCCGAAUAUGCCGGACUCACUAUCUCACACGAAGCCGUUCCUGCCAUUGUGCCACACGAAAAACAAGUCAAUGAUUUGAUUCAUCACUACGCUAUCAUACAUCGAGGUUACAUGAUGACGAAAAAUCCCACUGUUAAACUUUGUGCCGAUUCCGCGAAAGCGCUUGAGUGCGCUGGCACUCUAUGCCCACCCGAUUUCUUUGAUGAUGGAUACAAAUGUCCACCUGAGAAAGACCCAGACAAGGUCUUAAGCACGAACCAGAAUGCGGGCAACGAGCUGGCCCGAGCAUGCGAGUCUGAGUUGACUCAAGUAGCCAAUUGCAUAUUAGUCACCGAGAUCCAGGUUGACAUUUGCAAACCAGAGACGUCAGAGCACUCUCUCAUCAUUCAAGAACACACUGUAGUCGUCAGAGAGCCUGUGCCAGACAUGACAAGCAAGUUUGGUGGCAAGCUAGACAAAGCGCGAGUCAGAACAGUAGCGCCAGAGCGCGCUGAGCUUAAGUCAAAAGAGCUAAGGCCUCCCAGCCUCAGCGACGAGCUCGAUUGGUCUCAUACGACGUCGAUCUCAGUACCAGAAGAGAUUCCAGACAGUUUUGGCCAAGUUCCGGCAAAGAGAGAGUUGAGGAGAUGACGCGAGAGUGCAUCGCUAAAAGAGCUAAGGCCUCCGGCCCCAGCACUCCUCUUGAUGAUGAAUCCACCAAGGCUUUGAGCUAGACGUUUCCAAGAGUCGUUGCAUGCCAGCAACCGAGUUUAGUGCCCCAGAAUUUGGAGGCAGCGUCCGAUGUCCCAGACUCAACUUUCGCGAACUGGGCUAUG